UCCUGGGCGCCUUAAAGGAGACGCAAGGCGUAGCCUCGUGAUCUUUGCGUGCUACCGGCGUCUGAGGGGGUGGCGAGUGCUCUGCGGAGGGUAAAAGUGGCUGAGGACGAGACCGUCGGCCGCCUUAUCUGCUCCAGAGUUCCCAUUUCUCCAGAUCCCUGCUGAGUGACCAUGCCGAGGCAACGGAAGAGGGUGUCCGGGUGUGCACCUGAGCCAGAAAUGGAGGCACCAUCAGGUAAACGUACCAAGGCCACCAAGACUGAAACCCUAGACAAGCCAGUGGUAGAAGAAAAGACCGCUGACUCCCCAAAGAAGGAUCAAGCCAGUAAACAUUGUGGAAAUGAGCCAAGUGCUUACUGGCUAAUGAAAUCAGAGCCAGAAAGCCGGCUGGAGAAAGGCAUAGAUGUGAAGUUUGGCAUUGAGGAUCUCAAAGCACAGCCUAAACAGACAGCAUGCUGGGAUGGUGUUCGAAACUACCAGGCCCGGAACUUCCUGAGAGCAAUGAAACUAGGAGAGGAGGCCUUCUUCUAUCACAGCAACUGUAAGGAACCAGGCAUCGCAGGCCUCAUGAAGAUUGUAAAGGAGGCCUACCCUGACCAUACACAAUUUGAGAAAGAUAGCCCUCAUUAUGACCCAUCUAGCAAAAAGGACAACCCCAAGUGGUCCAUGGUGGAUGUCCAGUUUAUUCGAAUGACCAAACGUUUUAUUCCCCUGGCUGAGCUCAAGGUCCAUCACCAAGCCCACAAAGCCAACGGUGGCCCUUUACAAAACAUGGCCCUCUUCACCCGUCAGAGACUGUCAGUACAGCCCCUGACCCAAGGGGAAUUUGAUUUCGUCUUGAGCCUGGAGGACAAGAAGCCAAGUUAAAUGGAAAUUUCUUAUUGAAAAGGGAAGACUGUUUAUCCGAGCAAGUCAUGCCUCUCUGAGAAGGAGGUGAGAGGGAUUUAGAUUUGCUGGUUAAUUUCUUCAGGAUUGGUAUGUCUGUGUACCUGAUAAGUUUUUUUUUUUUACUAUUAUUAUUAAAAUAUCAAUAUAACAAA